AUGGAUAACUCUAAAAAAGGCAAUCUUAGGGAGGAUCUACUUUCAUAUAGAUAUAAUUUUGACUUAUCAACAAGUUUCUAUUAUAGAAAUGGUCUUAAACUUAUCGAAGAACGCAGAAUAAACGCUAUUAAGAAGUGGUUGUCAAACUUCGAAAAUAAGUUAUCUGAUUAUUUAAAAAAAAAAAAAAAUGUAUGGGACAAAAUUAACCGCGAGAAACGCUGUAGAGAUUUAAAUAAUAUGUUAGAUGUUAUAUCAGAAAAAACUGAAAACUUACGUAUACUUGACCUAUUUUUUUUGUCACAUAAACUAAAUGAAACUGCCAUUACCUUACUAAAUAGAGAUAAAGAUUUUAAUUGCAUAAGGAAACUUGAUAAUAUCGAAAAUCCCCAUAAAUAUAUUACAAAAAAGCUGGAUGACUUAUGUGAAGAUAUUUAUUAUUUAAAUGAUAAUAAGGCGAAACUUAUAAAAAAGGAUAAAUGUGAUUCUAUUCUUAAGUAUAUUACAGAUAAAAAAAAUGAAAUAUUUAAAAAAAUUGCUGAUGACGGUAUCCAAGAUAAGGAUAUUUUUGGUUUUUGUGAAAAAUGCACACGCGAAAGUAUAGAAAGUAUGCUUAAAACAAUCAAUUGCACAAUUGAGGAGUCUCCUGCAGCAGAAAAAUUACAAGAAUCGGGGGAUCUUGCAGAGACCGAAGCUGAUAAAGCUGUAAUGGCUCCAGUAGAAGAUGAACAGGAAGUGGAUGAAUAUGCACAUGUAUUGGAAGACUCACCAUCAGCAUUUGAAAUACCAGAAGACAUUAAAACAUAUGGUGCUCUUUCAGCUGCCGGAACAUUUUUCGUUUGUUUACUUUUUUACAGAGCUAGAUCAGCAAACUCUAUGUUUAAACGAAGAUCGUCAAGAAGAAAUCAAUAUGUAAGUUCUUAUCCAGGUAAUACAGAUUUUGACGCAUUAUUGAAUGAUUUUGAACCUGGAAGUGCGCGUUUAUCAAAUUCUGAAUAUCAUAUACCAUAUGGUUCUGAAAUGAAUUCUUAA